AUGCCAUCAACAUCUGUGUCACCUCAUCUGAGCUGUCAGGCUGCUCCCAACCCCUCCCCACCACCACCACCACCACCGCCACCACCACCCCCAGCCUAUCAGUUGCAGGACAGUGCUAUUGAUGUAAUAGAAUCCAAAUUUGGUGAUAUAAAGUCUCAAACUGCUGAUAGUAUAAAGUCUGUAGUUGGAGAUUUAAAAGCUCAACUUGUUGGUAAAACAUUUGAAGUGUCUAGCAAGUUUGAUAAUAUGGCAUUAACAUCUGAUGAAGUAAUAAAGGUGAAUAAUUCUAAUGAGAAAAAUCAGGAAAGUGAUCUAAGGGAGGAUAAAUCAGAUUGUGAGAACAUUGAAGCAGAAUUGGAAAGUAAUGAAAAAACACAAGAAAUCUGUGAAGAAUUAGAUCACAUUGAGGACGAAGUAACUGAAUUUAAUUUUAGUACUGAGGGUGAUAUUAAAGUUAUAAAAAGCUAUUCAGAAAUCGAAGAUGUAGCAGAGGAAGCAGGUGUGAAAUUGACUGCUACUCUGAAACGCAGCACAGCUGUUGAUAAGGAUGCUGCAUCAAUGGAGAUGCUGUUAACAAUCGUGGCACAAAAAAGACAUGAGAUGAAUGGCAACAAUGGCAGCUCUGGUUGA